AUGAAUGGUGUAACGAAAAUGCGUAAAGAAUCAGUGAAGAAAGGGAUGAUAAUGAAAGACGGAAUUUCACACGUCACAUCGUCAUAUCAUUUCUUCCCAACUUACACGCGUUGCUACGCCAAUCCCAAUUUGUUGGCACCCGUAGUCCCCGCAACGAUUGGAAAACGAUCAAAAAUAUUGAGCUGUAUAAGUGCUUUUGGUUUCGAAAUGACUUCCUAUUUAUCGAUGGGAGAAGUGCGUGAAACAACAACUGAUGAUUGCAAGAAGCUAAGGGAUGAAAGUUAUAUAAAUGAAACGUUAUGGAAGAAAGCAGCCAAUCUAAUAUUCUCUGCCGGUGGUACUUUGCUUUGUUAUCUUUGGUUUGGAAUCAUUCAAGAAUCAAUAAUAAAGGGUAAAUAUGAUGCUGAUGACAAGGAACGUUUCACGCAUACCCAAGCACUCGUGUUUGUGCAGUGUGCUAUAAAUACAAUAUUUGCUUAUAUUUUGAGAGGUAAAACGAGAGAUAAUGUCCCGACAUCGACAUAUGCUAUUGUGUCCACUAGUUACUUGUUUGCAAUGGUCACAAGUAAUCAUGCAUUGCAGUACAUACCAUAUCCAACGCAGGUAUUGGGUAAAUCGUGUAAACCAAUACCAAUAAUGGUUUUCGGUUUCCUCUUUGCCAAUAAACGAUAUCAUUUGAAGAAAUUCUGCUGUGUUUUGAUGAUUGUGUUUGGUGUUGGGUUAUUCUUGUACAAGGAAAAAUCGAGUACAACGUAUGAAAAGUCUGUUUUCAACUUAGGUUCUGGUGAGCUGUUACUGCUGUUGUCGUUGGCAAUGGAUGGUACUACUGGCGCAAUACAAGAUAGAAUUCGUCAGCAGCAUAAAGCAAAUGCUCACAAUAUGAUGUAUUAUAUGAACUUAUUUUCUUCAUUAUAUCUUCUAAUCGGUCUGCUUCUAACUGGUGAAUUAUUUGAUUUCAUGGUAUUUGUGCAGUCUUACCCGAAAGUAAUAAUUGAUCUAUUUACCCUUGCUGCUGCAAGUGCUUUGGGACAGUUCUUUAUUUUCAAAACCGUGACAGAGUUCGGUCCACUGACUUGUUCGAUUGUAACAACAACACGAAAACUAUUCACGAUGCUCGGUUCGGUGAUCUUGUUUGGUAAUACUCUAACACAGAGACAGUCUCUGGCCACCGUUGUUGUAUUUACUGGUUUGCUAUUAGAUGCUAUAGAAAGUAAAAAGAAGAAAUCCACUAGCAAAUUUUCAAGCCUUAUCGGUACUGUUUACCGUGAUGGCAACGUUACGUUCUCAACGGAUGGCAAUUCAAUUAUCAGUCCAGUUGGUAAUAAAGUCACAGUAUUUGAUCUGAAAAAUAACCAAGCAAAUACUAUUGCCAUCCAGUCAAACUUCAAUAUUAAAUGUGUCACAGUCCAUCCAUCUGGCGCGCACGCUUUUCUAGUCAAUGAAGCUGGACAGGCUCAAUACAUUAACUUGAUUACGCAAACAGUUCUGUAUCAGCAUAAUUUUCGAGCACGUGUUAAUGAUGUUAAGUUUUCGAUGGAUGGCAGGCGACUGGCUGCUUGUCGAGGUGGCGAUGUACAGGUAUUUCUGGUUGCAGGGAUUGAGAAUUUUCAGCUGAAUCCAUUCAUGUUGCUACAUACUCAUAAAAUCACUGCUGCAAAGGCAAAAAACGUGGAAUGGAGCUACGACAACAAACUCUUGGUAGUGGGUUCAGAAGAUAAACAAGUACGAGUGGUUUCAGCUGUAGAUACUUUCAAAAAUCUAUUUUUGCAUGCUUUGGCCGCACAUAAAGCAGAAGUUAUUGGCAGUCAUUUUUGCCACAACUCAUACAAUUUAAUAUCAGUUGAUAAACGUGGACUGGCUAAUCAUUGGACUUGUGCUCUGAAGCAAGAAGAUUUCGUUGAAGGGUUAUGUUCGAAAGCUUCUUCUGAAGAUGUGAAGAAGAUGUGGUAUGAUAAAACAAAGAGACAUUUCAUGACGGAACAUUUGGAUAAUGCUCAUGGCGUUAAUCUCACAGCAAGUGCCUAUCAUCCACCAACAUCGCUGUUGAUCACCGCAUUUUCAAAUGGAGCAUUUCUUCUGCAUGAAACGCCAAAUUUUAAUCUCAUCUACAGUUUGCGGGUAUCAGAAACAAAGGUAUCAUCCUUGGCUAUAAACAAGUCUGGUGACUGGAUAGCAAUAGCUUGUGGAAAAGGAACCGAAGGUCAGUUAGUGGUUUGGGAGUGGCAAAGUGAAACUUACGUUAUGAAGCAACAAUCACACAGCCAGUCUAUCACAACAGUUGCUUAUUCACCCGAUGGAUCUCAAAUUGCUACUGGUGCAGAGGAUGGAAAGGUAAAGGUUUGGUCUUGUCGAUCCUCGUUUUGUAUUGUAACAUUUACCGAACAUAGCAGCGGAGUGAGUACGGUUUGUUGGACCUCUGAUGGCAAAGCUUUGUUGUCUGCAUCGCUAGAUGGAACUGUACGGGCUCAUGAUUUAGUUAGAUACCGCAAUUUCCGUACAAUGGUUUGUCCUGACAGGACACAGCUUGGAUGUCUAGCAGUUGAUUCAGCAGCCGAACUUGUGAUGGCAAGUUCCACAGAAAUGUUCAACAUUUAUGUAUGGAGUCUUGAGAAUGGAAAAUUAUUGGACGUCUUGUCUGGACAUUCAGCUCCAGUUGCUUCUAUUUCCGUUCAUGGUACACAUUUGGCUUCGGCAUCCUGGGAUAAAACUCUUCGCAUAUGGAAUAUUGUUGAGUCAUCAAUAGCAGAGUCCAUUGAUUUACUUUACGAAGGUCUUGACGUAGCUUAUUCUCCUGGAGGUGAAAUACUUGCUGUAUUAUGUCUUGAUUCGUCGGUGAGUCUUUUUGAUACUCGAACAUCGACAGAGCUUGGAUCAAUAGACACAGCUUUCGAUGUUGAUGCUGCACGCAGAGCCACUGAUCUUAUUAAAAAGAAGACAGGUGAAAAGAGCAGAACAUUCACGUGUAUAUGUUUUUCCGCUGAUGGUACAUUACUUCUUGCUGCUGGACAAUCGAAUUACAUAUGUUUGUACAGCGUUGUGGAACGUCUUAUAUUAAAAAAAUUGAAAUUAACAACAAAUCGUAGUUUGGAUGGCGUUAAGAUGGAUAUAAAUCGGCGUAAUUUCUCGGAAUUUGGCAAUAUGAUGUUAAUUGACGCUAGCGAUAGCGAAGAAGAAGCAGAUAAUAAGAAACGUAUAAAACUCCCGGGCACCCGACAUUCAGAUCUUUCCGAGCGAUGCUCUCGACCAGAAAUGCGCGUCGAAGAUAUAAAUUUCUCACCUACAGGCCGUAGUUUUGCAGUUUGUUCAACAGAAGGCGUUGCUGUUUUCUCGCUUGACCAUCGUAAUCUUUUUAAUCCUUUUGAGCUCGGGAUACAGGUAACUCCGGUCAGUGUUGAAAAUGCCUUAAAGGAAGGUGAGUAUUCGGCAGCACUGAAAAUGGUACUACAGUUGAAUCAGGCUGAAAUGAUCGAAAAUGUUUUACUGUGUACACCUGUAGCGCAGAUCGAUAUAGCUACGCGCUCUUUGUCUAUUGCUUAUGCCGAGAAAUUACUGAAAUGGCUCGCUGAAAACAUUAGCGGUCCCGUUGAGAAGCAUAUUCAUUUUUGGCAGCUUUGGCUAAAAAGUUUGCUAAUGGAGUACGGAUAUCAAAUAAAGCUUAACCGAGCUGCAAAUAUAACUUCUCUAACUGCACUACAACAACGUUUAUCCGAUUAUGCAAAUCAAAUAACAAAGCUGGUUGAUCAAAAUAGGUACACAUUGGACUAUCUUCUUGUAGCGAGGCAGAUAAAGCAGGACGAGUGA